AUGGCCGCGGCCACACGCGCCCGCAGCGCCUCCCUCCGCCGCGCCCUCGCCGCCGCGAGGCCGGCCCCGGCGCAGCAGCUCCGAUCCAUCCACGAGGGGCCCGACACCAUCGACGAGCUCCUCGACCGCCACCUCUCCAAGAAAUCCCCCACCUCCUCCUCCCUCCUCGACAACGACGCGUUGGAGGCCCAGGCGCGCCGGCGGCUGACGAGCUCGCGGCGGGAGGCGCUCGGGCUGUACCGGGACAUCCUCCGCGCCUCGCGCCUCUUCGAGUGGCCCGACGAGCGCGGGGUGCCGUGGCGCGAGACCCUGCGCGCCAACGCGCGGCGCGAGUUCGAGGAGGCCCGCGGCGAGCGCGACCCGGAGGUGGUGGCGCGGCUCCUCAUCGGCGGCCGCGACGCCGUCGACCAGGCCCUGGAGCGCGUCGCCGAGGCCUCGCGCCGCAUGGUCCAGGCCGAGGAGGCCAAGCGCCGCGGCGGGGCGUAGAUGCAGCUCAAGAUCCCCAAAGCAAUUUCUCUGGCUGUUGCUGCUGUUUGUCUUUGUUAAUU